AUGAAAGCCUUAUUAGGUUCUCAAGAUGCAUGGGAGAUUGUAGAGAAAGGUUAUACCCAACCUCAAAAUGAGGCUAUUUUGUCACCAAAUGAGAAGGAGACUUUGUUGAAGUCAAAGAAGAAGGAUCAACAAGCACUUACUUUCAUUCAUCAAGGUUUGGAUGAAACUAUGUUCGAGUUGGUGUCAAAUGCAAUCACAUCCAAAGAAGCAUGGGAGAUUUUGAAAACCUCCCUUGAAGGUGUUGAUAAGGUAAAAAAGGUGCGCCUACAAACUCUACGUAGAGAGUUUGAAUCAUUGCAUAUGAAGGAAUUCGAAUCUAUCUCAGAUUUUGGCAACAAGGUGUUGGCUAUUGUGAACCAAAUGAAGCGUUAUGGAGAAAAUAUGGAAGAUGUUCGUGUGGUGGAAAAGAUCCUUCGCUCCUUAAUCGCUAAAUUUGAUUAUGUGGUUUGUGCUAUUGAAGAGUCUAAGGAUUUAGACUCAAUGACCGUAGAUCAAUUGAUGGGUUCUCUUCAAGCCUAUGAAGAAAGGUUCAAUAGAAGACAUGAUGAGCCAUUGGAGCAAGUCCUCAAAGCCAAAGCUUCUUUGAAAGAAAAUGAAGGAGAAAGUAGCCAAAAAGCACGUGGACAUGGAAGAGGACGUGGUCGUGGACGUGGUCAUGGCCAAGGAAGAGGAGGAAGAGGAGAUCGUGAUAAUUUUGACAAUAAUGAAUGGAGGAGCCAUCAAUCCACUAGAAGUCGUGGAAGAGGAAGAGGAAGAGGUAGAAACAAUUAUGGAAAAGCAUAUGAAAGGAGGUAUGAUAAAUCUAAUGUUGAAUGUUUUAAUUGUCAUAAAUAUGGCCAUUACUCUUGGGAGUGUAGAACAAAUGUUGAAGAGAAGGUCAAUCUUGUUGAUGAUAAAGAAGAUAAAGAAGUUGAAGAGUCAACACUACUACUAUCACUUAAUAAUGGUGAGAAGGAAGACAAAUGCUUAUGGUAUCUUAACAAUGGAGCAAGCAAUCACAUGUGUGGAUGCAAAGAGAAAUUUGUGGAACUUGAUGAGAAGGUGAAAGGAAAUGUUUCUUUUGGAGAUUCUUCCAAGGUGCAAAUCCAAGGAAAAGGAAGAUUCAAGCUUGAUGAUCGGAGUAAGAAACAUGUGUUCAUUGGCUAUGAUGCAAGCUCAAAAGGCUACAAAUUGUACAAUCUAAACAAUGGAAAGACAAUUGUGAGCCGAGAUGUCGAGUUCUAUGAAGAAGGCACAUGGAAUUGGGAGGAGAAAGAAGACACUUAUGAUUUUUUCCCGUACUUUGAAGAAAUAGAUGAAGAAGCCUUGACUCCAAAUGAUUCAACUCCAUCACUUUCACCAACUCCUUCAACCAAUGAAGCCUCAUCAUCUUCCGAAGGGAGUUCAAUGAACCCUUAA